CACGGGAUUACAGUACCUAGUAUGCCAUUUGAGGGGCAAUCCGGGGUUAAAUUAAGAACAGGGAAGCCUGACAAUCGUGUCAUUUGGUUGGAGAGAUUGCUUUUUGUUCGCUUUGCCCUGUCUCGAUUGGAAGCCAGGAGGCAGUAAACACAGGACGGAGCUGUUAACUAUUUUAAAGAAACAAACAAGAACAUUGAAUUGAAAUCAAUAGUUUGAAGAAGCAGCAUUUGUAAAGAAGAUCCUUUUUCCCCAAAUUAUUUUGGUCCUUGGAGGGAUUAUUGGACAAGAUCCCCCAAUCUACAACAUCUUGUGUUCGAAUCCCGUGGAGACCUGAUUUCAGUCUCAGACCUGCCCAUGGAUAAAUACAUGCACCGGUCUCCGCUUCGACCGCAACAGCAGCAAAAGGAAUGGGCAGAUUGCAGAAGACGAAAACCCUUUGUGGAAGAUGACAGGCGAACCAGCAUAAUGUCCAAGAAGAUGAGGCUGCUCAAGGACGCUGAGUAUUUUAUGAGUAAUAACGUCAGCUCAAACUACAGCUCUUUUCAGGGCCACGGAUCUGCCAGGACAAGCCAAUCGCCACCGGCAGGGUUCGAUCCCCUGCCAAUCGCCUCCAAUGGACAUAAAAUACCCCCACCCUGUUUGCCGCCCUCGGGAGCCAAAGCGGUUAACAGGCGGCUGGCUUGUUUUCUUGCCAGGGAAUACCUCCACCGCGGAACAUUGCUGGGGAAACCAUGGCCCCCACAGGAUUCGAACACGACACCUCGGGAAAACGCCACCGCUCAGCCAAAGAAGAAGCUCCGGGGAGAUGAAGCUGCCAGAGAACAGGAAGCGCUGUACUCUACUCUCACCACCGAUUUCCUCCGCUCAGAUGAUAUUCACAUUCCCGGCAUUUUUAAUCCUACACAGAUGGCCGCUUGGUUCGGAUUCAAAUGACUAGUCUGCUCAAACCCUAGAAUGAAAAGGCUAAAAGAUGGCUGUGCUAUUAUGCGGUGUAAGCUCCCUUUAUGAUUGCUAGUGUCUUCAUGUCGAGAAGGACAAAAUUCCUGUUUUUAGUUUUUUCAGGUUAUCUGCUGCGACAGAGAAUUUCUGUGUAUAAAGAGGGUUUGGAUGCUCAGGCAAUUGACAGGUUCAGAACGUUUAAAUAUGUUUAUGGACGUGGCAUUUUCUUGCUGGGCUAAUACCUGCAAACUAUUUCGAGUCCAAGGACUGCAAUAAUAUAAUUAAAUGUUAAAGA